CCGUUCCGUUCUGUGCAACCGAAGUCCCGUCUCCGUAUAUCAAUGCUUUUACGUUAUAAAAUCGAAGCGUGUUUAAAUUUUAAUGAUUUUUUUUCAUUAUCUGUGCUCAAUUUUUAAUCUGUGUUGUGUUGGCGGGUUAAUAUAUUAGAUUAAAUUGAAAUUAAUUGCGCGUUUAACGUGCCGUAUCUUAGGUUUCUUAUAAAUAAACGAAUUUGUGUGAUUAUUUUCGCUUGGUGUUUUUUAAAAUUUGUUAAAUUACCUAAUAAUAUGAUAAUUAAUAUUGUUGUAGUUUGUACUUGUAGUUGAAGGUACGUUUGUCAGACCGCGUUGUUUUAAUAGAUUUUUCUUUUUUUAAUUUGGAAUUUGGAAUUAUUGUCUCAACUAACGAUGUUGUAAUUAUCGUACAGAUAAAUAAUAUUGAUAAGUAAAUAACACAGUUGUGUCGUGUCGUUUAUUUAUUUUUGGAUGAAUAAUACAAACGGUUGCUUGGAACAAUGAAUGUUUAAUUAAAAAGUGCAUUUAAAGCCAUCGUGAAGAGAUUAGACGUAGCAGGAUAAAUAAAUCUAAAAUGGGUAAAGAGGUGCAGAAACGAUGGCGUUCGAUCCGCGAUUCGUAUACCAAGGCGUUUCGUCAAGGGAAAUGUCAACCGCCAGAACAGUGUCCACCGGGCAGUCGGAGAUACCAGUACCACAGGCAGAUGUCUUUCCUGUUACGAGCUUUGCAAAACAAAAAACCGCGAUACUCCCAAGACAAAUACGAAUCGUUCUCCGAAGUAUCGAACUCGCCCCAACACCCACCUCCAGAAGACAUACCACGGAUCAAACACGAAAUUACGGAAAGGCCACUCGAUCUAAAAACCAAAUCAGAUAUCCAAGACAGACCAGAAACCCUGGACAAGUGUAACCAAGCAACCAUAGACAAGAAGCUGGAAAUUAAAAUUGACGCGAAUACAAUUUUGCCCGACGACCACUUCGAUGACGACAAAUUAUUCAUGAACUCCCUACUUCCUCUAUUUAAGAAGAUGGAUGAUGAUACGAGACUACUCUGCAGGAUUGAGGUUUUGAAGAUCAUAAGGUACGCGUUACAAGGUCACAAGUGUUUCGAAGCAUUGAAGAUGGCGGAAGACAGCUUCUUCAAGAACCGAAUGAGCGGAAUUCUGGCUAAGCAAGAAAUCGUUGAUAAUACUUUGAACUCCAAGUCGAAUGAAUCGAAGUUGUCGAUGACGACGCGCUCCGCUGAUGGGAGCAGACCGAUAAGGAAACGGAGGGCACGUUCUCCAUCGCCGCUUCCGUUACCACCCAAGAGACGCGGUCCAGGGCGACCCAGAAAGGUCCGCCCCCCUCCAUCGGACUCUGACGAGGAACAGCUGUUCAAGAAACAGUUCCCGAAACUUAAAGUUUCGCCUGUCGAGGUGUCUCUCGCGUCAGAAGAGGACUCGUACAACAAGGCAACGAGUGUCGCCCAGUUGUCAACGCCACUGUUUAUGAAGAUGUACAAUCUGGAACGUUCGAAAAUUGCACCUGUGACGUCACCGCAAUCCAUGCAAGUUUCCAUCAAGACGGAACCACUCGAUAACAGUCCAACGACAGCUUUAAGUACAAUGUGAAAAGGUCCAAAUUCGAUUAACCGAAAAUGCGAUAUUUUAACAUUAGUAAUAUAAGAUUAGUCCGAAUAAAUUCAUCCUUUAUUUGC